GACAUAUUGUUUUUGUCGACUUUCUUAUUCUUCUUCUUCUUAUUCUUCUUAUUCUUCUUAUUCUUCAUAUUCUUCUUAUUCUUCUUCAUCCAAAUUUGUCCAGGCCGUAACUUAAAUACCCUUUGACAUUAAGACUUCAAACUUGGAACAUAGGUAGAUGGUAUGGAGAAGGAGUGCACGCCACCAAAAGUUUUGACCUUGACCUAUUUUGUUCUUCAAGGUCAAGCUUUUCAUAAAAAAUAUUGUCCGGACUAUAACACAAGACUCCUUAAACAUACAGACUUUUAACUUGUAUCAUGGAUAGAUGGUAUAUAACCUAGUUGAACCUUACCAAAAAUUUUGACCUUGACCUAGAAUUUUUAUUUCAAGGUCAUAUUAGAAAAAAACUUCAUUGUUUAACUCCUGAAUAUACUUUGACAGAAGGACUUCAAACUUUAAACAAAGAACAAUAAUAAUACACUUAAGUGUACCAUUGAAUAAUAUUUGACCUUGACCAUGUUUUACUCAAGGUCAAAUUAAGAAAAAAAUAGUAAAAUUUUGUCUCGGUCAUAACUUUAAUACCCUUUGACAUUAAGACUUUAAACUUGGAACAUAGGUAGAUGGUAUUGAGAAGGAGUGCACACCACCAAAAGUUUUGACCUUGACCUAUUUUGUUUUUCAAGGUCAAGCUUUUCAUAAAAAAUAUUGUCCGGACCAUAUUACAAGACUCCUUUAACAUACAGACUUUUAACUUGUAUCAUAGAUAGAUGGUAUAUAACCUAGUUGAACCCAACCAAAAUGUUUGACCUUGACCUAGAAUUUUUAUUUCAAGGUCAUAUGAGAAAAAACUUCAUUGUUCAACUUCUGAAUAUACUUUGACAGAAGGACUUCAAACUUUAAACAAAGAACAAUAAUAAUACACUUAAGUGUACCAUUGAAUAAUAUUUGACCUUGACCAUGUUUUACUCAAGGUCAAAUUAAGAAAAAAAUAAUAAAAUUUUGUCUGGGUCAUAACCUUAAUACCCUCUGACAUUAAGACUUCAAACUUAGAACAUAGGUAGAUGGUAUUGAGAAGGAGUGCACUCCACCAAAAGUUUUGACCUUGACCUAUUUUGUUCUUCAAGGUCAAGCUUUUCGUAAAAAAUAUUGUCCAGGCCAUAACACAAGACUCCUUUAACAUACAGACUUUUUACUUGUAUCAUAGAUAGAUGGUAUAUAACCUAGCUGAACCCAACCAAAAUUUUUGACCUUGACCUAAAAUUAAUGUCUCCUCUUUCAAAGGAAAAUUUUCUUGCCCUAACUUGAACACCUUAUGAGAUCAGAGCUUGAACCUUGGAAUAUUGUUAAUGUUAAAUGACACCAAGUAGAGAUGCACUGGUUAAAAUGGUCUAAAUUAUAACUUUUGAAUUAUUCAACACUUUUUAAAUUUAAAUCUUUACUUGAGACAAAAUUUAUGACACCAAUGGAAUGUUGUCCCAAAUUUAUUGUUUAUGGCCUAAUUAAAAAAAAAAGUUUGAAUUAUGUCUUUGAAUUGUUUGACAUAGAGUCACCUUAACAAAAUAUUAAAUUGGGAGCCAAUUACAAAUAUUAUCAAGCUAUUUUGGGUGUUUAUGACUUCUUAUGUUGUUGCACUUCCUACCAACACACAAAAAAUACUUAACAACGGAAACCACACGGUCUUUGGAAAGAAAAUACAUUGAAGAAAUUUUUAUGAACUACUGAGGUGAGUAUCAUAUUUUAUCUCAUAUCUUUCUAAUCAUAUAUCUAAUCCAUUUGGUGCCAAGCAAAGUUUGCAUCAUUAUAUAUUUGAUUCAAACUUUGCACAGAGAAGUGAUAUCUAAUAGGCAAUAUUUGGAUAUGGUUAAAAUAAGGUUUCAUUACUUUUUAUUAAAAAAUAGAUUAGCAAAGAAUUUACAGUCUGGAAAUUAACAUAUAACACAUGUAACUGACAUGUACUACUUAUUAUUGGUUAACUAAUCAUUACCAAAAUAUAACUUAUUUCAACUUUCACAGUGUACUGUAGACUAUUAGAUUUCACUUUGCAUGAUCUGUCUUUAAUGUACAUGUCUGGCUACAAAUGUAUAAUGAGGAUCCUCUUCGUGGUGGCACUAGUAACAGACCCCUUGCUAUUGUAGCUGUUUAAAUUACUGUAGUAUUAUGUAUUAUAGUGAGCUUCUCUGUCACUAUUAGUUUUGUUAUGCACUCUUGCUUCACAUCUUCUGCGUAACUUCAUCACAAAAACUUAUCUGAAAUUUUAAACCAUAAAUCCUUGUAACUUCAGUAUUACAUUUUACUUACAUAUUUCAUAUAGCAAUGAGCCUGGCUAAAAGAUCAUGCUUUUUAUGUGAUAUAUUUCAAUGCAUGUUUCAUUUACUAAUUAGCUUGUCAUUAUGGUAUCAUUAAUUUUCAUUGACACCACUUUUUAUGAAUUUUCUCAAAUACACAGUGUUUGAAGGACACAUUAAUUCCUGGACAAGAACUCUUUCAAUAGAAAUUGUUUUCAUAUAUUCUUAGAUGAACUUUAAAUUUUGUUGAUCUGUUCAACCAUGAAUCCACAAAAAUUGGUGUUCAAUAAAUAAUUCAUGACACCAUAGUAACUUCUGUUAUGCUUACAGCCGUAGUUUCUUUUUGUAUCCUUAUUUUUUUCUGAUACAUGUAUUGCAUUACCUCCCAUUUUUAAUACACCCUAUGUGUGUCCCUGUGUGUGUUCAUUAUAAACAGUCACAACUCUGAUACUUAGAUUCAUAUAUGAUAUUUUUAAUGAGGUAUUUGCAGAAUAUAUGUCUAGAACUUCGAUUUGCACCUUCCCAGCAGAAGAGGUCAAUGAUUACAUAUCUGAAAUGGUUCCAAAAUGCUCUGUAACGUUCAUUGGGUAUCGGACCUCCUGAAUUCUUCAUUCCAUUUUCAUUACUCUAGAUACACAUGGAGUCAUACAGAACACAUUUAAAGGAAUCAUGGAGAACAUUGGAAAUGUUUAAGAUUUCUCUUUUUGAUUUACAGGAAAAGAGAAAAAUUAUUCACUAAUCUUGAUUUUUUUUUAAAUUUUAGCUCUCAUCUGUAGUCAACAAAUUAAUGUUGUUCCAUUGCCUUUGGUAGUUUCAGGUCAUUCAGUUCAGAGCGAAAACAUUAACUGUUUUUUUAAAGAAAUUAUAAUUGUAGUUUUGUUUAGAUCAGGAUGGCUUCACCGUCAAAAAUACAAAGGUUGGAUACUUUCCUAACAGACUUUACAGAGGAGGUAGACACAGAACUAAAAGCUGUCUGCUAUGACAUUUCUACUAAAAACAGUGGACAAGCUAUUAAGGCUGUAGAAAAAAUAAGAAGAAAAUUAAAAGCCAUGGAAGGAAAAGUUAAAACAAUCAUAAAGUUGAAUGAAAUUGAAAAUUCUAAACUUUCAAAAGAAAAUUUGGAAAUGAAAAAGGAGGUUGAAAAUUUAAAGAAGAAAAUCGAAAACCUAGAAGAGGAUGAUUUCUUCCUUUCUUCUCAAGAUUGCAGUGAUGUAUCUUCUAAAGAUACUAAAUCUUCUCCAAAUCCGAAACCUGGAUCAUCAAAAGACAAAUAAACAUACCCAUAAACAGAAGUUAACUUCUAACCUGACUAAUUUUACAGACAUUUCCUUUAAUUUAUGUGCAGAGUAUGCAGCGAAGAUUCUGUUUGCCAAACUUGACUUUUUUCUUUAGGAAAUACCUUUGUUAUCCUAUACUGUAUUUUAGAAAAUAUUAGUCAAAAUUUAAAAAAAUAAAUGUUUCUUCUGUUUUACCUUUAAUGCAGUGUAUAUCUAUAUUUUUAGGGGAUACGUCAUGAAAAUUAGAUCUUUAUUUUAUUGUUUAUAUAUAUUCCUAUCAUUUGCUUUUUUAACAUUAACAACUUGCUUGUUCAUGAAAUAAGUACAUUCCUAUGAGAGUUAUUACAUGUAUAUUAAAUUAUGUGAAUAUAACAUUUAUCAAAAAGCUAGUAUAGAUUUCAAACUCAUAGAAAUUAGCUUCUAAUUCAAAUAUUCAACUGCUAAGUACAUGCAUACAAGUAUUUACCCUAAAGACCCAAUGCUGCAUCGAAGAUACAUUAUCUUUUAGUUCCAUAGAAAUUUAGUUUCAUUAUGAAAAUACAUAUUGAUAAUCAAUGCAUGUAUGUACUUUAUUUGUGUCAUUUAAAGAAAACCUGUUUAUUAUGUGCAUAUAAGAAUGUCAUGCAUUAGUUUUUAAAAAUAAAUUUCUUUUCAGGCUACUUUAAGAAUUGCAUAUGAUGAUGAAUAAUCAUGAGUGGGAGAAGCAAAAGAAAAAAAGACAAAGAAAGGAAAAAGAAAAUUCGCUCAGAAAAUUUGGCAAAAAAUGCAGGUCUUUCCACCCAAAAUUAUGAAUCACAAUCAACUGCAGCAGAGCAAGACAAAAACUCAAGUUUUGAGGCAGAAAAACCAGACUGGUUGUGUAACUACCUUUCACAACAACAGCACUUUGAGAAACAAAGACUUACAAGAAAGCAACAAAUGAAAAUUUGGUACCAACAAAAUAAAGAAAAGAAAAAACAGUAUGAAAGAAAUAGGUAUCAAGAUGAUGAGAAGGCCAAAAGAAAAAAGCAGUACAUGAGAGAACAAUAUUGUAUUCCAGCGAAUGCUGAGAAAAAGAAACAGAGGAUCAGGAAAAAUUACAGUAUUCCAAAGAUUGCAGAAAAAAUGAAACAGAGUAUGAAAGAAAAUUACAGUAUUCCAGAGAAUGCAGAAAAAAAGAAACAGAGUAUGAAAGAAAAAUACAGUAUUCCAGAGAAUGCUGAGAAAAAGAAACAGAGGAUCAGGAAAAAUUACAGUAUUCCGCGGAUUGCAGAAAGAAUGAAACAGAGUAUGAAAGAAAAUUACAGUAUUCCAGAGAAUGCAGAAAAAAAGAAACAGAGUAUGAAAGAAAAAUACAGUAUUCCAGAGAAUGCUGAGAAAAAGAAACAGAGGAUCAGGAAAAAUUACAGUAUUCCGCGGAUUGCAGAAAAAAUGAAACAGAGUAUGAAAGAAAAUUACAGUAUUCCAGAGAAUGCAGAAAAAAAGAAACAGAGUAUGAAAGAAAAAUACAGUAUUCCGGAGAAUGCUGAGAAAAAGAAACAGAGGAUCAGGAAAAAUUACAGUAUUCCACGGAUUGCAGAAAAAAUGAAACAGAGUAUGAAAGAAAAUUACAGUAUUCCAGAGAAUGCAGAAAAAAAGAAACAGAGUAUGAAAGAAAAAUACAGUAUUCCAGAGAAUGCUGAGAAAAAGAAACAGAGGAUCAGGAAAAAUUACAGUAUUCCGCGGAUUGCAGAAAAAAUGAAACAGAGUAUGAAGGAAAAUUACAGUAUUCCAGAGAAUGCAGAAAAAAAGAAACAGAGUAUGAAAGAAAAAUACAGUAUUCCAGAGAAUGCUGAGAAAAAGAAACAGAGCCUCAGGAAAAAAUAUAGUAUUCCGCGGAUUGCAGAAAAAAUGAAACAGAGUAUGAAGAAAAGGUACAGUAUUCCAAAGAAUGCAGAAAAAAAGAAACAGAGGACCAGGGAAAACUACAAGAUUCAGGAAAAGUCACAAAAACAAAGAGAAUAUGAAAAACAAAAAUAUCAGAUACCAGAAACAAGAAAAAGGAAGAGAGAACAAAGUUUACAAAACUAUCACACAAAGAAAGCUAAAUCACUAACUAAUGGUGAUGGAGCACUUCAGAAAUUUAGAACCUUAUGCAAAGAAUAUCCGAUUUAUCCAUGUGUUGUAUGUGGACGGAUUAUGUUUCGUUUGCAGGUUCAUAAAUUUGUCAAGAAGAAAUACAAAAAAACACAAAUAUCUACUUUACUGAACAGUCUUUCAGCAACCACUAUCGAACAUAUUUGUGUUUUAUGUGACAAGACCAUGAAAAAUGGCAAAGUUCCAGCACAGGCCUUAGCUAACAAUAUGGAUUUAAGUACUGCUAGAGCCGAAUUAAGUGAACUUAAUAAACUGGAGAGACACCUGGUAUCUCCAGUAAUUCCAUUUAUGAAAAUAGUCAAUUUGCCAAAACAUACACAAAAAGGAAUUCAUGGACCAGUAAUUUCAGUUCGCUCAGAUAUUACGAAAGUUACGACAACUUUGCCUAGAAACAUUUCUGAUGAAUCGUUCAUCAAGGUAAAACUGAAGCGCAAGUUGUGUUUUAAAGGCCAUCAUCUCUACCAGGAAGUACGUCCUAAUAAAAUCUUCAAAGCACUUGAAUUUCUAAAGAAAACAAACCCACACUUUGCAGAUAUAGAAAUUAAAGAUGAUAUAUUUAAAAGUGGAGAAUAUAUAGAUGAUAGUGAAAACUACUCAGCUGUAGAUACCAGUGGUGCUGAUAAGGAGAGGGAAUCUGAACCUGGAAAUAAUGACCACAAUGAAAGCAACAUCAAUGCUGAAUGUGAUGAUCCUGACACAGAGGAAGGAGAGUCAACAGAAGAAUCUCAUGACUUUGCACCACCACUUGAUACAUCUAUUUACAAAACAGGUGCUGAUAAGGAGAGUGAAUCUGAACCUGGAAAUAAUGACCACAAUGAAAGCAACAUCAAUGCUGAAUGUGAUGAUUCUGACACAGAGGAAGAAGAGUCAACAGAAGAAUCUCAUGACUUUGCACCACCACUUGAUACAUCUCUUCAACCAUCAGACUUAACACAGUAUUAUGCUGAUCAAAAUCCAAACUCCAUAUUUUGUAUUGCCCCGGCAGAAGGAAACACACCAACAAAAGUCAUCCAUUCUGAAGGACAGGCAUUUCCAAUUCAUUUCCCAAAUGGAAAAAAAACAUACACAGACAAACGCAAUACAAAAAUAUCAAUGAAACGGUAUUUCAACAGUAGAUUGUUUUCAAGUGACCAUAGAUUUGCUAGUGAUCCAGAAUAUAUAUUUUUUGCACAGUAUACAGCAGAACUUGAGGAAAUCUUUUCUUCUGUUUCUAUUGCAAUGCGAAAGUCAGUUGAUUUGAGCCAUUUGACCUCAUCUACCUUCUUGGAUUCUUCCAAAAUGAAAAAGAUGCUUAAAAAAGAUGAAUGUUACCGCUUUUUGCAGGCAGUUCGCGGUUCCCCAGCAUACUGGGAAAAAACCAUGCGAGAUCUUUUUGCCAUGCUUAAACAGCUUGGCAUACCUACAUUUUUCAUAACUUUUUCUGCAGCAGAAAGAAGAUGGACAGAAAUUAUGGAAGCAAUUUGUCUCCAGCAAGGCAUUGAAGUUCCUAAAGACCCUGAUUGGCAGCAGUACUACAACAUAUUGAAUAGCAACAUUGUAACUGCUACACGGAUGUUUGAUAAAAGACUUCAUGAUUUUAUUAAUCAAGUCAUUAUGAGUCCAUCCAAUCCUAUUGGUAAGGUAACCGACAUUUUUGGAAGAAUUGAGUUUCAAGCAAGAGGUUGGCCACAUUAUCAUGGACUAGUUUGGAUUGAAAAUGCUCCUGAAUGGCAGAAAUCCCCUGAUAGUGAAGUCACAGCUUUUAUCGACAAGUACAUUUCUUGUCAAAUACCAAAUGAAGAAGAAAAUAAGGAACUAUUUGAUAUAGUUUCCUCAGUGCAACUACACAGUAAAGCACACACAAAAACAUGCAAAAAAGGAGGAAAAGAUUGUCGUUUUAAUUUCCCUCGCCCAUGCUCCUUGCAAACAUUUAUUGCCAGUCCACCCAAAGAUGAAGACAUAGAACCAAAACAAUCAAAUAAUUUAAACAAAAUGUCAAAAAACACUGCUAAAGACAUUCUGAAAAUUUUUUGGGAUCUACUUACCGCUGAGUCGGACUUGUGCACAGCAGACAUUUUGAGCCAUGGUAACAUUACCCAAGAGAUCCUACAAGAGGCACUAAAUGUAUUGUCACAAAGACCUACAGUGGUUCACAGAAGAGAAGCCAAAGACUGUUGGGUGAAUCCUUAUAAUCCUGCUCUUCUACAUGCAUGGAAUGGUAACAUGGAUAUACAGUUUAUACUAGACCCGUAUAGCUGUAUUAUGUACAUAAUGUCCUAUAUUACCAAGGCAGAAAAAGAAUUGGGAGAGCUCAUUAAAGCUGCCCAAAGAGAGGCAAGACAGAAUAAUGAAGAGGCAAUACAAGAGCUCAGAAAGCUUGGAAAUGUAUAUCUCACCCAUCGGGAGAUAAGUGUUAUGGAAGCAGUCUACAGAGUUUGUGGUCUAAAGCUUAAACAUUGUUCUCGAGACGUUGUAUGGAUUCCAACUGAUACAGAAAAUACCAGAAUAACACUUCCUAUGCAUGUGAUAAAAUCCAAUGCAUCUCGUGGUGAUGACAACAUAUGGAUGACAAGCAUCUUGGAUAGAUAUCUAGCAAGGCCACUGACAAAUGAAUUUGCCAAUAUGUGUUUAGCAACUUUUGUAUCAAGGUAUAGAGUGAUAGCAAACUCCACCCAUACAGAAGACGCAGAUUUAGAAGAGGAAUCAAAGACAGAGACUGGGAAAAAAAUACGGCUGCUUCACAACAUGGGUACAAUUACAAGAAGGACCAAAAAGGAUGCAGUCAUUAGAUAUCCAAAGUUUUCACAAUCCAAAGAUCCUGAGAAAUAUUAUUUUAAUUUGUUGAGAUUAUAUUGUCCUCACAGAGAAAAUAGAUUUCUUCCAUCUGAGUAUAACUCCUUCCAACAGUACUAUGAAACAGGAAAAUUAGGAUUGACGUUAGUUUGUAAUAUUGUUAAUGAAAAUAUGAAACAAUUCCAAAAACUAACUGAUCAGCUUGAUGAGACUUGGUCCCUAAUGAAAGACAUGCAUCCACUGGAAGAAGCAUGGGCUCAAGUGGCACCUAACUCAGAACAGGAAAGAAUUGAAAAUGAAGAAGAAAAGGAAUUGCUCGAUGAUGAAGAAUUUCUUUCAGCAGUAGACAUUCCUGAAAUGAAAUCUACACCACAGACAAACAAGAAUUCAUACUCACAGAAUGUGUACACGGAGCCAAAUCCCAAUACUAUAACUGAUGAAAAGCUUUUGCAGAUGUACAGAUUGCUGAAUAAAGAACAAAUGGAACUGCUCAAUUUUAUAAAAGAGUGGUGCUUGCAGGUGUUACACUCAAACUCUCAUGACAAUUUUCACAUAUUUCUGACAGGGGGAGCGGGAGCUGGAAAGUCUUUGCUCAUUCACUGCAUUUACCACAUGGCAAACAAAUUAUUUCACAAGAUACGUGAAACACCAGAUGAUGUCAUUAUUCUUAAAGUUGCUUACACUGGAAAAGCAGCUUUGAACAUCAAUGGUCAGACUAUUCAUUCAGCCUUUGCAUUGAAGAAGAACAUGAAAACACAGUAUCAACCUCUAGGUGAAAAUGAUUUAAAUACUCUACGAGCCAGGCUUUCAAACAUUCAGCUACUUAUUAUUGAUGAAAUAUCAAUGGUCAGCAAAACGGUUUUGUCAUAUAUAUCAGGAAGACUAAACCAAAUCAAAUCCCUGCAGCAGAAUUCAAAACCAUUUGGAGGCAUAUCUGUUCUAUGUGUUGGAGAUUUCUACCAGAUACCACCCGUGUUUGGCAAAAGUCUUCUUAACGUUGAUGCAGGAGCUCUUCCACAAGAUCUUUGGACUUUGUUUAAAGUGCACAAAUUACAAAAGAUAAUGAGACAGAAAGAGGAUUUACUUUUUGCAGAAGCUUUAAACAUAAUUCGAACAAAGGAUCGUGAUGAUCCCAUGAAUCAAGAUGUGGAAAAUCUCUUGAGAAGUCGUUUGGAAACUUCAAAUUGUCCAAGUGAUGCAAUUCAUAUCUUCUCUACUAAUGAACAAGUUCGUCAUCAUAACCUUUCCAAACUACAGCAACUUGGAAAACCAAUAAUCAGCAUGACAGCAGUUGACAUAUUACAUUCAUCAAGUGGUAAAGUGUUUCAAAGACAGACACCCUUUGAGAACUUAGAUACCUGCUUACAAUCUGAACUGAAACUGGCAAUGGGUGCUAGAGUUAUGUUGACAGUGAACAUAGACACAAGCGAUGGCCUAGUAAAUGGAACACUUGGAACAGUAAUAGAUAUUGUUAAUGGAAGUAUGCCAUACGGAUUUCCAGAAUACAUUGUAUUACAGUUUGACGAUGAGCACAUUGGUAAUAAUUACAGAAUUCGUAAUACUACACAACUGUGCAAUGACAAAUGUGUACCAUUUAGAAUCUUGUCCCAGAAAGUGCAGUAUAAAACUGGAUAUAUAACAAGAUUCCAGUUCCCAUUUACACUCUCCUGGGCUUGUACUAUUCAUAAAGUCCAGGGACAAACAUUCAAGGAAGUAGCAGUGUCGCUCAAAAGAGUUUUCAAGGGUGGAAUGGCAUACGUUGCACUCAGUAGGGUUACACAUCUUGAGGGACUGCAUUUACUUGACUAUGACCCUUCUGUGAUUUAUGCUGAUUCUAGUGUAAAACAAUCUUUGAAUCAGAUGGAGGUUUUGUCACUCACAGACUCUGUCCUACAGCCCAAUGAAAGAGAAGAUAAUUUCUUACUUCUACAUCACAAUGUACAGUCACUUAGAAAACAUUUCCCAGAUGUAAAGAAAAUGCUAGAAUUCUACUCGCCUAAUGUUUUUUGUGCUACAGAAACAUGGCUUGGAGAAGACUCAAAUCAGACAUGUUAUGAUGUUGAUGGAUUCAAUCUAGAAUCUGUAAAUAGUGUCCAGGACAGAGGGGCUGGAGCUGCUGUUUAUAUAAAAAUUGAUACCACCUUCCAUAUUGUAAAAACUGAUGCUAAGGAUGACUAUGAAAUGAUCUGCAUUUUCUUUCCCAAAAUUAGCACGAUGGUUGCUACUGUGUACAGGCACUGUAAUGCCUCUCUUGCAUCGUUUUUACAUGUACCACAGUGUCUGCUUGAUAUUUGUAAAACUAACAACAUUCCUAGGAUUGUUGUGCUUGGUGACUUUAACAACAGCACUGGAGAUAUAAGUAGAUCAUUUCUAUCACUUGGAUUCCAGCAGGUAAUCCAUUCACCAACAACCAUUGCUGGCUCAACUCUCGACAACAUUUUUAUAUGCAACAUAUCAUCUUUCAAAAGUGGAGUUUUAUCGUCCUAUUUUUCGUUUCAUCUGCCAAUUUAUAUUUCCAUUAACAUAUGUGAAGUUCAGCAUGUAAAAGCAGAAAAGAAAAAAACAAGUGUAAAAGCAGAAAAGAAAAAAACAAGUGUAAAAGCAAACACCAAAGUCCAGCCAAUUGUUAAAAGGUAUAAAAACCUUAAAAACAAAAAGCUUAUUACUGAUAAACAACAGAUACCAGACAAAAGGAAAACAAUUGUUGGAUUUGAAGCCGAUUCUUUCACGCCACAGUUUCCCUUACCCUAUACACCUUUUAUGACAACAUUAUACCAACAUCUUGGUUUAACAGCGAGAGUAGUGGAUAUGUGGUGUGGGAACAACAACACACUUCAUCUUGUACAGUGGCUACAGACUGUUGGCUUCAAUGUUGUUCCCACACUUGGUACCCAACAAUACAGUGUUUCAUGUGGCUAUGUGGCAGCAAACACUGCAUGGAUAUUUCAUAAUGCAGAAUUAAACAACUGGUUGGAGGUUGAAAUUCAACCUACGCUGGACAAAUGCAUUAUUCAUCAGUAUAAUUCUAUAAUUGGUAUACCAGGCCAUGAACCAACUUUUCUAAUGGAUACUCAGAUUAUCGAAAUAUUGGCCCAUCUCCACAAUGCUGAAUCAAGGUCUGUGCCUUUUACAUGGAUUGAUGGACCCAUGCCCAUUAAUUUCUUCAUUCUGGGAUUACGUCGUUCCCUUUCUGGUAGAAAAACAAGGAAAGACUCUAAUCUUCGGAUUGCCAUUGUCAACACAACUCCAACAGAUUCAUCAACAGUACUCUCAGGCGAUCACUGGAUUACAGUUGCAUAUAAACUUUGUUAGCUGUUUAAUGUGUAUGGUGUGUAUCUGUUAUAUUAUCACAUUGAUCCAAUCUAAAAAUGCUGACAGUAUGUAUACUAAAUAGAAAUAAAACUUAAUUUUAUUUUACAUCACAAAUGACACAUAUAUCACAUAUGACAUAUAUCACAUAUCCUCAAGUCUCUGGCCAUGAAGAGCAAGAAAGAGGCGGGUCAGCUCAAUAUACCAUCUACCAGUACAUGUAACAAGAUGUUUUGUUUUAAAAUUUCCCUCCUGUCUUUUAAAACUGAAGCUCCAUUUCAGGUUCUUUCCAUUUUGUUACAAAUACAUAACAAAGGGGAGACAUGUGUUUUU